CGCCGGUUCUUUAGCAGGAUGGGAACUAGUUGGUAUCAUCUGAACGCUCAAAAUGGUGGCUUAAGGAAGGCAAUUAUAAGAACGUCAGUGUUACUGUGAGUGACAAGGUGAGUACAUGUUACUCAGUGUCACACAUGUCAUUAAAGGACCAGAACCCGUUCUUGGAGUGUUAUGGCUGAUUCACAUGUGACCAACAAGAACCAAACCUCAGAGAUCUACAUGCUGAAUGGGGAGGAGCAAAUGGAGUUUGAUGAAGUUGCUGUUUAUUUCUCGGAAGAGGAGUGGGUCUGUUUAACUGAAGAACAAAAAGAGCUUUAUAAGGAUGUGAUGAUAGAGAAUUACUGGACCCUCAGGUCUCUAGGAUAUGUUCAUGUGAAACCUUUACUUGUUACAAAGAUUGAGCACAGAGAGCAGCCGUAUUUGUGCAGCUUUCCAAUUACCAAAGAUGAUGUUAAGACUGAAGUUACACUUAAAGCUGAACAAACAGAUGAUCUGUAUAUAGAGAAACUGGAAGUUGUGAAACAGGAAAUCGAGGACAAUAUCAGUACAGGUUAUGUUAAGACUGAAGUUACACUUAAUGCUGAACAUACAGAUGAUCUGUAUAUAGAGAAACUGGAAGCUGUGAAACAGGAAAUCAGUGAUGAUAUAAUUACAGGUACAAUCACAAACUGCAGUUAUCCUGUUUAUGGCCAGAGCGCAGAUGCUUCUUUUAAUCGGUUUCAAAAUCAAAGAACACACUUGGCAAAUCUAUGUUCUGAAUGUGGAAAAUGUUUUACCAAGAAGUCGCAUCUUAAUAGACAUCAGAAAAUUCAUACACAAGAGAAAGCAUUUUCAUGUCUUGAAUGUGGAAAAUGUUUUAAUCAGAAAUCAAAUCUUCUUGGUCAUCUGAAUAUUCAUACAGGACAGAAAGUGUAUUCCUGUUCUUUAUGUGGGAAAGAUUUUACUUUUAAAUCAAAUCUUAAUAGACAUCAGAAAGUUCAUUCUGGACAAAAAGCGUUUUCAUGUUCUGAAUGUGGGAAAUGUUUUACAUAUAACUCCAAUCUUAUCAGUCAUCGGAAAAUCCAUACAGGGCAGAAAGAAUUUUCAUGUUCUGAAUGUGGGAAAUGUUUUACCAAGAAAUCAAAUCUUAUCAGUCAUCUGAAAGUUCAUUAGGACUGAAAGCAAUUUCAUGUUCUGAAUAUGGGAAAUGUUUUGCUUUUUAAUCACAUCUUAUUAGGCAUUUGACAAUCCAUACAGGAGACAACGAAUUUUCAUGUUCUGAAAGUGGGAAGUCUUUUCUUAGGAAAUCAGAUAUUAAAGUGAUUGUAAAGUUUAAUGAAUUAAAGCCCAGUAUCUAAAAAUAAUCUUAAAAACAGGGGCACUUUAAUUCAUUAAACUUUACAAAGACGCUUCUUUUUUUAAAUACUUACCAUUUUGUUACGGUAAACAUAAUGCCGAUCCUCCAGCCGCAUCUCCUUCUAUAUUGAGCAUAUCGAUGAUGAAUCCUGCAUCCUCCAAUCAUUCUGUGCCACCUUUGGCAUCCAGCUCGUGGGGCCACGCAACAAUUGGAGGAAGCCGGAUUAGUCAUCCAUAUGCUAAAUACUGAAGUAGAUGCGGGCGGAGGAUCGCGGUAUGUUUACCGUAACAAAAUGGUAAAAAUUUAAAAAAGAAACCUCUUUGUAAAUUUUAA